GAAAUUGUUCUUGAUAAUAAUAAAUAUGUGGUACGGCUAAUCUUCAUAUUUUCAAUCGAUAUUUUUGUGAACUAUCAUGUAUUUAUUUACUGUUUACAUCUAUACAGUCUACGUACUGUGCUGAACAGGGGUGGGGAUACCCGCUGCCCGCACAGCCAAUGAAAUCUUCCAGGAAUUUUACACGGUUGGCACGGAAUUAACCAUGGUUCACAGUAAAUGUUUGUACAGCGGGAGCUGUUUACGUAAUUGCACAUUGUGCAACAUAAUACUCUAAUAGGACCUCAAGUUACAUGUUAAUGAGGUACGCCGAUUAACUGUUUUGAUAACAAAACAUCUAUAAACUAUUAACACUUGAAUACCAAUCAUUUACUGAAACAUUGUUAACGCAGUCAAUCUUGAACACAUCGGCUUAUAUUAUUCGAUUAGCCUUGCUUACUGUAGCGUUUUGAUUAACUUGUACCUCCCUUUUUGCGGAAUAAACCGUCUUAUCAUUGCAUACCCUAUCAGUCCAGUUUCGACUUCAACUGAAGUAUCAAAAUUAUUUCACAGAAUUUUGAACUUCUUACUAAGAAUGGUCACGUGAACUUCUCCACCCCUGGUUUAACUUUUGCAGAUUUUAUAUCGUUUGGAAGUUAACACUAACAGCAUCAAUAUAACAUGAUUCAUUUUUAUGUGAUGUGUAUAAUAUAUUUAAUGCGGAAGUAUCCUAGAUUGUAGAAAUAUGCCCACACGUUCAAGUUCACUGCAAACAGAUUCCCGCUUUAGUAAAGGGACUCUCGUCACUGUGCUUGCUGGUUGCUUUGAUGAUGAUGGUAACAGUGAUGAAGAGAGUCGUUGGAGUUCGAAGUUCAAGAACGGCAGCAAACAAGAAAUGUUUGGUGUCGUUGAUAGAGUGUAUCCUACCCGAUGUGACGUCUAUUUUUUUGAUGACAAAAUGACGACUAAAGUGGAUGUAAAACAUUUGAUAUUGAAAGCCGACCAAGGACUCGUUAUUCUUCAGGACGGGAUUGAAUGGAAAAGAGAAGGUUUUAGUCGUCUUGUUUCAAUUGAGGGUGAAAAAAGUGAAAAAAGACCGAUUGUCAAAGCAAGCAGUUCACAUUCAACAUUCGAGUUCAAUGAAGACUCUUUGAGAAUCGAAAACAACAUGAAUUUGAAGCGAAAAGUAUCUGAUAAGGACGUUCUUGUUUUGAAAGUGAAUCCUGCAAAACGCCCGUCUCUUGUUACUUCCGAUUCAAGAAAACACACUACUGUACCAGAAAACUUUGAAAUGACUUGGCCUUCAGCAUGUUCCUCCUCUGACUCGCAGUCAAACCCCCGGCCCCCACUAGUUCAAGUAGCUGCUAGCAGCUCUAUCAGCCCAUAUGCCUGUUCCAACUUCCAAGAAAGUGACAGUAUCAAGAACUCGGGUGAAGAAAUUGCCCAUUUAUCGCAGACCUGUAAAAAAUCUCCUGGAGGCCCAGAAGGAGUGUAAUUACGACGAUGCAAGCCAGAAGGAUAUGCCAGAGAGGAAACUGACUGGAACAAUAAAACUGGGCACUUCAAAAAAAGCUCCUGUCAGAACUCUGCACUUUUCUACUAAAACGAACACAAAAGUGCGACGUAGUCAGUGUGACAUGAUUGUUGGAAAGCCUGGACCCACGAGAGAAGUCCAACACAUAGUCACACCACUACAAGGGUUCGACUACUUUUUUCCAGCAGUUCUGCAAGCAAAAGUAGUUUCUUUUGUGAAUAAACGGAUUGUCUCUACUCUUCAGAGCCAGAUUCAAGAAGACCCUGCCGAUGGUGAUAGUGAUUCUGAAACAGACGACCAUGACGAAGAUGAAUGUGAAGUGGAAGACUCAGCUGGUGUUGCAGCAUGGUUUGACGAAGAUCUGGGAGCAGAGCAAGACGGUGAAAAUGAUCAAGAGGUACCACUUGAAUUUCCAGAGCAACUUGAUGUUGACGUAGAUCACACAGAAGACGGAACAGAUGUGACAACCCGGAUUAGAAGUGAACUAGACCAACUUGUGGAAGGAGACUACACGGUCACUGAUGAAGACAAAGAACUAGCGGCGAAGUUUCCAUCUUGGAAAGGAUUGCUGACUGUUAUUGAGUUUAGAGCUUUUAUUGGAUUGUGGCUCUUGCGGGGCAUGUGGGAACAGGGAACUUCGAGAUUGAGCAACCUUUACUUACCUGAAGCCCUCCCUAUAUUUUCUGCCACCAUGCCUCGGGAGAGAUUCAAAUGGAUCUUGAGGCAUCUAUCAUUUGAUGGAGCAGUUCAAACGGAGGACAGGAGCAGUAGGUGGAAGCAUGACCGACUUGCGGCCAUACGUUACUUGUUCGAGGUAAUUGUGGACCGCUGGUCGCGGCCGAUCAUACCAGAUGAACAUCUUACCAUAGAUGAGACCCUGUACAAUUUGUACACACAGGUACAAUUUAAAGUUUACAACAAGGGUAAGCCCCAAAAGUAUGGGGUGAACUUCAAAUCCAUCAACGCUGUCAGCUUCCCCUACACGUAUACUAGCCACGUGUAUGCUGGCAAACCUGUCGACUGUCCCAACCAGUUCUACUUGUCGGGUACAGACAAUUACACAAAGUAUUUGGUCGACUACCUCUCUGAGCGUGUUGUCCUUUCUGGGAGGAACUUAACAAUGGACAGGCUCUACACAAGCGUGGACAUAGCUGAAUAUCUUUACAAUAAACAUCAGAUGACCAUGGUUGGGACCUUUCAAUCAGGAAGGAAAGGGUUUCCAAAAGAGCUCAAAGUCCCCGGAGCACCUUAUUCCUCGACGGUGUUUUAUGAGAAAGGAGGCCCUAUUAGCCUUACCCAGUACAGCGUGAAGAGUAAAAGCAGGGGGAAGAUCAGUGUCGUCGUAAUGACAACUCGGAAACCAAUCGAGGGUGUCACCAAAGACGAAAUUCGGAAGCCUGCAAUAUUCAAGCUGUACGAUUUCACAAAAGUCGGCACAGAUAGCAUGGACAGCAGGUUUAGCUCUGGCACAUACUCCAGUAAACCGAAGUGUCGUCGCUGGUCAGUUGCAGUGUUUAGCUACAUCUUGGACACCACCAGGGUUAACAUCCAGACCCUGAUAGCUCUAAACACUGGCAAGAAUCCCCGAAAGGUGAAAUCUUUCGAUUUUGGGCAAAGAUUAGCAAUGGAUUUGCUGACCCCACAUCUUUAUACGAGGGAGCUGACUGGGGUACCUCGAAUCAUCAUCCUGAAGAUGUACAUGGCUACGGGAGAUGAAUGCUUCCUACGCCAUGUGAUGAAGAUUGGAGACCCGACACAAUCUGUGGAGGAAAAACUACCUUACAGAAACAAGCCCUUGAAAACUGGACGAAGGUGCGGCGACUGUAAGCGAGACAUUUGCUUGAAAAGCAUUUCUAGUGGGGCAAAGAGAACCCAGAUAAACGGGCUCUCUAAGCCAACAACAAGGUGCGAGAAAUGUGGACUAGCCAAAUGUAACAAGAAGCAUUUGAUGAAAGUGUGUGCUUCUUGUUUACAGGAAUGUGGCCAAUGAACGCAUCGUAUUAGCAUGCCUAAUAUGAUAUCUAAGCAGCAUGUUUAUUUUAAUCGAUGGUUAUCCUACUAUCAGUUGUACUUGUUCAUUGAUUA